AUGACAAACUCGACUGAGUGGACCAGGCUCGUUCGCUACACGGGGAAGGACGGCCAGGUUCGCCUGGGCCAACCCGUUGACCCGACGGUCGACGUUGGACUGGCCGUUGCGGCUGGACAAGAGGUCCAAGUGUACGUUAUCGACGGCGACGUGUACACUGGCACCGUUACCAGCACCAAGGACGUGGUUAAGAAGGUUCUUUCACCCGUCUCUCGCGACGAUUGCAGCAUUAUCCGCUGCCUUGGUCUCAACUACAAGGCUCAUGCCAAGGAGGCGAACAUGGCGAUUCCCAAUGAGCCCAUCCUCUUCAUUAAGCCCCGCACUGCGCUUGCAGGCCCUGGCGAGCUUCCUGUGGCCAAGGUGUCCCAGGAUGACCAACUCGACUUUGAGACUGAGCUGGCGCUUGUCAUUGGCAAAGAUGCACUGAACAUCUCCGAGGAGGACGCGCUGGACUACGUUCUUGGUUUCACAUGCUCCAACGACGUCUCGUCUCGCAAGCUCCAGCUUGCCAACGGUCAAUGGUGCUUCGGCAAGGGCUUGAACGAUUCGUGUCCCAUCGGUCCCGUCCUGGUGCGUCCCGGCCAGUACGAUCCAGACAACCUGGACUUUAGGGGCGUGCUCUCAGGAGAGACCGUGCAGGAGUCGAACACCAAGAAGGCCCUUGCCUAUCUCAGUCAGGGAACGACACUCGAGCGCGGCAGUGUCAUUCAGAUGGGCACCCCCAGCGGCAUCGGAUGGGGUCGCAACCCCAAGCGCAUCAUCAAGGAUGGCGAAGAGAUGGCUAUCUGGUUUGAGGGAGUGGGCACGUUGGUGAACACGUUCAAGUAUGAUUAG